AUGUUUGGUGCUGCCGUAAAAGGGUGUGGAAACGCAUCGUCCCCGAUUGAGAACUUUGAGCUUCUAGGAUUCCCCUAUCCCGAAGACCUGAAGUUCCCGUUUCUCUUCUUCUUCCUUUUCGUGUAUACAUUGUCUCUUUCUGGAAAUGGCUUGAUCGUCUUAGUAGUAGCCCUAGAGCCUCAUUUACACAAGCCAAUGUACUGGUUCCUCGGCCACCUGUCCAUGAUGGACAUGAUGGUCUCUUCAGUGGUGGUGCCCAAAUUAAUUGCUUGGCUGAUAGAAGGCAAUGGGCUCAUCUCCUAUGCAGGCUGUGUGACCCAGCUGUUCUUCUUCCACUUCCUGGGCUGUACUGAAUGCUUCCUGUACACGGUGAUGGCCUUUGACCGCUUCAUGGCCAUCUGCAAACCUCUGCGCUACAGCACUAUCAUGAACCACCGUGUUUGCUUCUGCCUCGCAGUUGGUACCUGGUUUGGAGGAUCCAUACAUGGGGCAAUACAUGCCUCCCUUACCUUCUGCUUGCCGUAUGGUUGGAGAAGCCAGGUGAACUACAUAUUAUGUGACAUCCCCGCUAUGCUGAAGUUGGCCUGCGCAGACACGUCCCUCAACGAGACGGUGACGUUGGUUGACAUUGGGUUCGUGGCUAUGGCCUGCUUCCUCCUGAUUCUGACAUCCUAUGUCUACAUCGUCUCCGCCAUCUUGAGGAUUCCCACCUCCAAAGGGAGACGCCACGCCUUCUCCACGUGCACAGCCCAUAUUACCUUGGUGGUUGUAUAUUAUGUCCCUGUGGUGUACAACUACGUGCGUCCGCCCUCUCAAGACUCUUUCGAUGGAGUGGUGGUCAUGUUUUACGCCGCAGUAACCCCCUGUCUAAAUCCCCUCAUAUACACGCUGAGGAAUAAGGAAGUGAAAGAGGGCGUAUGUAAAUUGUGCAGCAGGAAAACACAGUGCUGA